ACCUCCAAAAAUUUCGCGCCUCUGAAAUUUCUACUUUUCUUCCGCAUCCUAGCUCAAUUGCUUUCACGAUUUCAAGCUCCCUUUCUGUAGCGUUUCUUCCUCGAUUUUGCUAGUUCUCUCAGGAGUAAAAUUCCUUUCCGACAACGGACGUUUGAAUUCAUCCAUUCUAUCACCACCGCUCCUCCCAGCUCGGUUUUCGUUGGCGGAUUUCCGCCCCUAGGGUUUGGAACUCGGCUUUGAAUUCCCUAGGUUCUCGCGAUCAUUUUAAGGGUUUCUAAGUUUCCUGGGUUCGGAAUUUGCAUUGUACGUGAUUAAGUGUCGCCAUUGUGUCCACGAAUCUUGGUGCUCUCAUGCGAAAUUAGGGAUUCGUUUUCCUUGGAAUGAUAAUAAAAAGACGAUGAAAGUUGAGGUGCCAAGUCUCAGGCGGUGUAAGUUGGAAGAAGCUUUCAGCGAUCAUGACGACGGCAACGAAGAAGAGGAUGAGUACGCAUAUUCCUUCAUCCCCAAGAUGCGGAAGAUCGACGGGUACGGUUCCAACGGGAGGAUGAGCGUCUACGGCGAUGUUGAUGACUUCGGCAGUUGUGCUACAGGCUCCGGGUCGCAUGUAGCUACUGAAAUAUUCUCCAAUUUGAGGUCAUUGAAGAAUCAGAAGCUCAAAAGGUCUCGGUCUCCGCCAUUCACAUCCUCCCGAGGAAGAAUCCACACGCUUCCUUCGAGGUUCAAUGACUCCGUCGUUGAUUUGUUGAAGAAUCGGGGCUCUAGAUUCAACGACUCUGAUUCCAGCUUUGAGAAUGAUGUUUCCGUUGACGUGGCUACGCAUAGCGUUCUUGGGGAUAGAUGUAGGAUGAGAUAUGUAAAAUUUGAGAACGAUCAUUCUUCCGGAUUCACGGAACGGAAUAGUGGAAUUAGUGCUGUACGGUUUAGCAAUCGCAAGUUUUCCAAGUAUGAGCGGCAACAUUUGAGUUUAAAUCGUUCCACGCUGGAGACUGUGGACUCUGAUCCGAGUUUGGAACGCAAGGGUUCCCUGGAGUUGACGAAAGGAACAUCUAAUCUUAGGAAGGACGUUUACAGGCCAGAGGACUUCGCUCUUGGAGAUAUAGUUUGGGCCAGGUGCGGGAAGAGAUACCCUUGGUGGCCAGCUGUGGUAAUCGAUCCUAUAUUGCUAGCUCCUAAAGCUGUUCUUAGCUGUUACGUCCCUGGCGCUUUAUGUGUUAUGUUUUAUGGGUACUCCAAAAAUGGAACGCAAAGGGAUUAUGCAUGGCUUAAACAAGGGAUGAUCUUCCCCUUUGCAGAAUUUACCCACAGAUUUCAGGGGCAGACUCAAAUGUUCAAGUGCAAGAUGAGUGACUUUCAGAUGGCAUUAGAGGAGGCGAUCUUAGCUGAAACUGGUUUCCUGGAUGCAGACAGUACAUCAAAAGCACCUUUCACAGAAGCUCACCUGAUAGAAUUCCAGCAUGCCAGUACUUUCAGUCGAGAUCAAUAUCGUUCCUACCAGGGUGCGUGUUACAAGGAGAUGAAAUGCUGUGGUGGCUGCAGUCUGAUGCUGCCCUGCAAAGUUGUGAAGAGCCGGAAGGACUCAGUGUAUAUGACCGAGCUACUGUGUAAAACAUUGUGCCAAGUUAAGGAAGUCCAACCAGUAUUGUGGGAUAUGCAAGAAGAUCUGGCACCAUUUAGAUGGCGGAAACUGGGACCUGGAAACAAUCAAUAUUAUUGCCCUGAUUGCAAAGUGAAGUUCAAAGUUCCGCCACUGGAUUCCAAUAGAAGGAUGCUUCCUGUCAAGUCUAUUCUAAGCACUGAAGAAGCAAUGGCACCUGAGAAAGUGAUUGUUGUGUGCAACGGGAUGGAGGGUACAUAUCUCCGGAAACUUCAUUCAAUUCUUUGCAGCUGCGGGUCUUGUGGAUCUCGGAAGCAAACUCCCAGUGAAUGGGAAAAGCACACGGGAUGCAGAGCUAAGAAAUGGAAGUGUAGUGUCAAAGUGAAGGAUACAAUGUUGCCACUGGAAAAAUGGAUUGAUGAGUAUAGUGCACUUGACUCGGAUCCUCUGGAAUUAGAUAAACAGAAGCUAUUAACUCUUUUGCAAGAAAAAUACGUGCCUGUUUAUGCAAAGUGGACAUCAGAAAGAUGUGCUGUUUGUAGAUGGGUUGAAGAUUGGGAAGAUAACAAGAUAAUAAUAUGCAACAGAUGUCAAAUUGCUGUCCACCAAGAGUGCUAUGGAGCAAGGAAUAUUCAGGAUUUCACUACUUGGGUGUGUAGAGCAUGUGAAACGCCCGAUGUGGAAAGGCAAUGUUGUCUCUGUCCAGUAAAAGGCAAGUCAUUUGUGUUCAUUGCACUGUGGGGUGCUUUAAAGCCAACUGAUGUUAAUAAUCUCUGGGUGCAUAUCACAUGUGCUUGGUUUCGACCUCAAGUUGGUUUCUUGAAUCACGAGAAUAUGGAACCGGCCACUGGACUUUUCAAGAUCCCUUCAGCUACCUUUCUGAAAGUGCACUGUCUGGUGAAGAAUGGGAAAGAAGAAACCAAGAAGUUAAUAUACUGUGCUGUUCACAGGACCCCAAACCCCGAUUCUGUUGUAGCUGUUCGUACUCCUGCAGGGAUUUUUGCUGCCAAAAGCUUGCUUCAACAAAAUCAGAACGAGUUCUUCCAGGGCUCAAGACUUGUGUCACCUAGGAGAACUGACGUUGCAACCUUCAGGACUGAUGAAUUUGAGUCUCUUUCCUCUGCGAAAUGUCGUGUUUUAAAAAAAUCAAAUGAUAAGAGGUCUGCAGCAGCGCCAAUGUUCCAACGUCCAAUGGGGCCACGACAUCAUUCUUUAGAUGCAAUAAGCAGCUUCAGGACCCCUAUGGACAAGGAUAAUUCUAGGAUAUUUGAGUCAUUUAAAGAAAGACUUUGUCAUUUACAGAAAACUGAAAAGUAUCGGAUUUGUUUCGGCAAAUCUGGCAUACAUGGCUGGGGCCUCUUUGCUCGGAUAAAUAUUCGUGAGGGUGAAAUGGUUGUUGAAUAUCGGGGUGAGCUGGUUAGGCAGAUUGUUGCUGACCUCCGAGAGGCUAGGUACCAGUCACAAGGAAAAGAUUGCUAUCUGUUCAAGAUCAGCGAGGACAUGGUGAUCGAUGCCACAAAUAAAGGAAACAUAGCACGCCUAAUCAACCAUUCGGGUUCCUACCUUCUUUCUAAUCGGCUGCGCUGGAGAAGAGGUUGCUGCCCGCCGCCGCCGAUCCAAGGGUUCCCUCCGACAGCAGCCCUCACCGUGCCCCUAGUCGCGUCCGUGGCGGCGCCUCCACCCCCUUUUUCUCAAUCGAAUUAG